AGCAGUCUUUCCCAUAAUGAGCUGCAUCAUCUGAACUGAUGUCACAGCAUCAUGCAGCAGGUCACACAAGGCACCUCCUAGUAUUGCAUCUUACAGAUGUGCCGUAAACAUCAAAAGAGGAUGAUUUGAACAGGACAUGCUAUUUUUGAAAGCAGUAUGGUUUAUGCUUUGACGCGUUAGCCAUGGAUGUAGCACUUUCUCCCAUGAGAACACAAGAACUGGAUCCGAUGCCAUCUGAUGCCUCUCCCAUGCUCAUAAACAUGACUCCUACAGUGGAACAAGAAGGGGAAGGGGAUGUCCUGAAGGACCUUGACUCUGGGCAGCAGUAUGAAAAGCCCCCUCCUCUGCACACCGGGGCCGACUGGAAGAUUGUUCUCCACUUGCCGGAAAUCGAGACCUGGCUUCGGAUGACGUCUGAGAGGGUCCGGGACCUGACCUACUCUGUCCAGCAGGACUCGGACAGCAGGCACGUGGAUGUGCAUCUGGUACAGCUGAAGGAUAUUUGUGAAGAUAUAUCUGAUCAUGUUGAACAAAUCCAUGCUCUACUAGAGACCGAGUUUUCCCUGAAGCUUCUGUCUUACUCUGUCAAUGUGAUAGUCGACAUUCAUACAGUGCAACUCCUCUGGCACCAGCUACGUGUUUCUGUCCUGGUUCUGAGAGAACGCAUUCUCCAGGGACUACAGGACGCCAAUGGAAACUACACCAGGCAGACUGAUAUUCUGCAAGCAUUUUCUGAAGAGACUAAGGAGGAUCGUCUUGACUCUUUAACUGAAGUUGAUGAUUCUGGACAGUUAACCAUCAAAUGUUCUCAAAAUUACUUGUCCCUGGAUUGUGGUAUUACUGCAUUUGAACUAUCUGAUUACAGUCCUAGUGAGGAUUUGCUUGGUGCUCUGGAUGAUAUGACCUCCGGCCAAGGGAAAGCAAAAUCAUUUGAAUCCUGGAACUACAGUGAGAUGGAUAAGGAAUUUCCAGGACUUAUCAGAAGUGUGGGUUUACUUGCAGUAGCAACAGAUUCCAUUGCUUCCCAGUGUAAUGAAGCUUUGAAGGACAAAGAAGAUCAUGUACCUCUUUCAGCAGAAGAUAGAGAAGAAACCAAAGACAAGAAAACAUCAUGUGAUCUCUCACAAACAUCUCCUUCUGGAAAUUCCUCUCUUUCUAAAGGACCUUUCUCUGAAAAUGGUGUUUUACCUACUGACAGCAAAGCACUUUCCAUAUCAAAGAAUCCAGAGAGCAGUCCCCCACAGCAUACUGGUGAAAAUAUCAAACACUCUCACUGUGAAAAUUCAACACCGAAGAGGUCCAUAAGAGACUGCUUUAACUAUAAUGAAGACUCCCCCACGCAGCCUACAUUGCCAAAAAGAGGCUUGUUUCUGAAAGAUGAUGUGUUUAAAGAGUAUAUGGAAGCCAACGACUUAAAAAGGCAAAUCUCUCAAAUAGUUAAAAAUGAAAUGAGUAGAAGUACACCCUCAUUGUUAGAUCCACCAGACAGGUCCAAGCUUUGCCUAGCUUUACAGCUGCCCUAUACCAACAGUCCAUCAGCAGUUAGUCAGUCAUAUGAUAGCUUAAAUACAAUAAGUGAUAAAAAUCUUGAGUACACAAUAAAUAAUCACUUCAAAGACAGUCCCAUUAUUCUAGAAAAGUGUACUUUCUACACCUGUAAAGAAAAAUCAAAGCACAAGAAGUCUCGUGAUUCUCCAGAGAAAGUGAAAACUGAUGGAACACCUGCAAGUAUGUGUAACACAACUCCAUCAACCCAGGUCAAAAAAACAGGGUGUUCUCUGCAGAAUGGAAUUACUUCUCAUAGCUCUAAGUCUCUGGAGGAGACAGAAACAGAUUCUUCUGCAUCUUCAGAUUCUUGUAAUGAGAGAGAUCCAAGUGGGCAAUCACAAGUUAAAACUGAGCCCUUCAGCUCAGCAACACAUAGCCAAAAGAGUGCUUCUUCAGCUGGUUCUGAGCUUUCCAGCUCAUCCCCUCUUCUGUUGAGAAGAAAGAAAAAUAAAAGCUUAUCUUCAACACCACACUAUGCUCAGCAAACCACUAAGGACAACGAGGUAUGGUAUGGAUCUGAUGAAUAUUUAGCACUUCCUUCACAUCUCAAACAGACUGAAGUAUUAGCUUUAAAACUAGAAAACUUGACAAAGUUGCUGCCCCAAAAGCCCCGAAGAGAAACCAUUCAAAACAUUGAUGACUGGGAGCUGUCAGAAAUGAACUCAGAUUCAGAAAUGUAUCCAACAUACCAGACAAAAAAGCACAAAAAAAGGGGUAGAAUUUCACCAAGUUCUUCAAGCGAUAUAGUAUCCUCAGUAGGUGACAGUAUUGAAUCUGGGCCUCUCAGUGAUAUUCUCUCUGAUGAAGAUCUUUGUAUGCCUGUGUCUUGCAUUAAAAAAUACAUUGAAGAAAAGUCAGAAAGGACUGCUGCCACUCAGCCCACUGGGAAUGAGACUUCUCCUUCAAAUAAAUCAGCUUUAAUUCAUCAACUGAUGCAAGAUAUACAACAUCAAGAGAAUUAUGAAACCAUAUGGGAAAAAAUUGAGGGGUUUGUAAGCAAGCUGGAUGAAUUCAUUCACUGGUUAAAUGAAGCUAUGGAAACAACAGAGAACUGGACUCCUCCUAAAGCAGAAACAGACAGCCUGAAACUCUACCUGGAGACACACUUGAGUUUUAAGUUGAAUGUAGAUAGCCACUGUGCUUUGAAAGAAGCAGUGGUAGAGGAAGGACGCCAACUUCUUGAGCUUAUUGUAUCUCACAAAUCAGAAGGACUGAAGGACAUGCUGCAAAUGAUUGCAAGUCAAUGGAAGGAACUACAGAGGCAAAUCAAACGGCAACACAGCUGGAUUCUUAGGGCUCUGGAUAUCAUCAAAGCAGAGAUACUGGCUACUGAUGUGUCUGCAGAGAAUGAGGAAGGGACUGGGAGCCCUAAGGCUGAGGUUCAGCUAUGCUAUCUGGAAGCACAAAGAGAUGCUGUUGAACAGAUGUCCUUAAAACUGUACAGUGAGCAGUACAACAGUAGUAGCAAGCGAAAGGAAGAGUUUGCUGAUAUGUCAAAAGUUCACACAGUGGGAAGUAAUGGCCUUUUGGACUUUGAUUCAGAAUACCAGGAGCUCUGGGAUUGGCUGAUUGACAUGGAAUCCAUUGUGAUGGACAGCCAUGACCUGAUGAUGUCAGAGGAGCAGCAGCAGCAUCUUUACAAGAGAUACAAUGUAGAAAUGUCAAUCAGGCACCCAAAAAAGAUGGAACUUCUUAGUAAGGUUGAAGCUCUGAAGAAAAGUGGUGUUUUACUACCAAACGAUCUCCUUGAAAAAGUGGAUUCAAUUAAUGAAAAAUGGGAACUGCUUGGGAAAACCCUAGGAGAGAAGAUCCAAGACACAAUGGUAGGGCACAGUGGGUUAGGUCCACGUGACCUGCUCUCGCCUGAAAGCGGCAGCCUGGUAAGGCAGCUGGAGGUCAGGAUCAAAGAGCUGAAAGGGUGGCUGAGAGAUACAGAGCUUUUCAUCUUCAAUUCCUGUCUGAGACAAGAAAAUGAAGGAACAAUGAAUGCUGAGAAACAACUGCAAUAUUUUAAGUCUCUAUGCUCUGAGAUCAAGCAGAGGCGCCGUGGGGUAGCCUCUGUGCUGCGAUUAUGCCAGCACCUCCUGGAUGAUCAGGAGACCUGCAACCUAAAUGCAGAUCACCAGUCCAUGCAGUUGAUAAUUGUGAACCUUGAGAGAAGGUGGGAAGCCAUUGUCAUGCAAGCUGUCCACUGGCAAACCAGGCUACAGAAGCGAUCGGAAAAAGACUCGGAGCCUCUAAAUGUUAUUGAUCCCAGUUUGAUGGAUCUAAAUGGUCCAAGUGAGGAUGCACUAGAAUGGGAUGAAACUGACAUAAGUAAUAAGCUCAUCAGUAUUCAUGAAGACUUAAGUGAUCCUGAUCAGGAGCUCAACAAGGAUGAUCUAAACCAGAAACCUGCUUCAGAAGAAUGUGGUGAUAAUGAUGUGAAUGAGGAUGAAAGUAUCAAUAAUCAUGGAAUUCCUCUUUAUUGUCCCAGCAUUACUUCCCCUCCAAAUCCUCACAUCUAUCAGGUCUAUAGUCUUCAUAAUAUUGAAUUAUCAGAAAAAAAACAUAUACCUUUUUUGAAAAAAACAUCCAGACUCUCCAAUGUAAUGCAGUCUAACAUUUUAAACAAAAGUCUCAGUAAAGACUCAUCGUUUUCAUCUACCAAAUCCUUGCCAGAUCUAAUAGGAGGUACCCCAUUGGCAAAACCAUAUAACUGCAUUUAUCAGAGUGGAAACAUAAGCAGGCAUUCUGAGAGUGAGAGUGGGAUAGUGAGUGAAUGCGAUACAGAAACUACAAAUAAUUCAGAAAUUUUUUUGCUAAAUGAUAUUGAAAGCAGUCAGAGUAAUCCUGAAACUGGGCAUGUGGAAAUCCAAGUGGAUAAUGUAAUAAAACCAAAACUAAAGCAAGAUGAAGAAGAUCAUACUAGUCUUUCAGAUGAUUUCCAAAUGGCUCCUUCUGCAUGCUGUGGAAGUGAAAAUGAUGAGGAUUUGGACAGCAUUACCAUGUCUAACCCUGGUUGUCCAGAAGAACUGCAAGAAAAACAUGAUGUCUUUACAUUUUAUGAUUACUCAUAUCUUCAAGGCUCCAAAUUCAAAUUACCAGUGAUAAUGAAACAAUCACAGAUUGAAAAAACACAUACAGAGGGUAGUUUGUUUCAUGACUUUUGUUUUGACAAAAUACCUGGUAAAUCAGAACAUAAGUCUGGAGAGUCACAACCAGAUGGGUUUAUUCAUGAUCAUAAUCUGGCAAGUAUCUGUGGAGAAUCAGAUCCCAAUUCCUGUAAAUCUGUAGAAACUGUAAAAAAAUUACCUGUUACAGAGAAUACAAGACAGGUUUCCACUUUAUCGCAUAGUUCUUCUUUAGAAUCUCUGUCAGUAGUAGGUGAUUUGUUCAGCUCAGGUAUUUUUAAAAGUGGAGAAGGUCUUCAGCGAAGUGCCUCUUUGGAGAGCUGGCUGACUUCCUACAAAAGCAAUGAAGAUCUUUUUAGUCAUCAUGGCUCUGGAGACAUAAGUGCAAGCAGUGAUUCUGUUGGAGAGCUUAGUAAAAGGACAUUAGAUCUUUUGAAUCGCUUGGAGAAUAUCCAGAGUCCUUCAGAUCAAAAAAUAAAGCGCAGCAUCUCUGAUAUAACACUCCAAAGUAGCUCUCAAAAAAUGUCUUUUACUGGACAGCUAUCUCUAGAUAUUGCAUCUUCAAUCAAUGAAGAUUCAGCAGCUUCUCUCACUGAACUCAGCAGCAGUGAGGAUCUUUCUCUCUGUUCUGAAGACAUUGUACUACACAGAAAUAAAAUACCAGAUUCAAAUGCAUCAUUUAGAAAACAUCUUAAUAGAUCUGUAGCUGAUGAGAGUGAUGUCAAUGUCAGCAUGAUUGUUAAUGUCUCCUGCACUUCUGCUUGUACUGAUGAUGAAGAUGACAGUGAUUUGCUUUCAAGUUCCACCCUUACUUUAACUGAGGAAGAGCUAGGUAUCAAAGAUGAAGAUGACGACUCCAGUAUAGCAACUGAUGAGGAUAUUUAUGAAGAUUGCAAUUUAAUUUCAGGACUUGAUUAUAUAAAAAAUGAGCUCCAAACCUGGAUUAGACCAAAAUUUUCCUUGACAAGGGAAAAAAGAAAAAGUAACCUCAGUGAUGAAAUUCAGCGCAGUAAAGAAGUUAGUAAUGACACAUCAAAAGCCACAGAUACAUUAAGCAUUGAAACACUGUUGAAUUGUUCAGUGCAGAAAAUAUCAGAAAAUAAUGGCAAUAGUAAGAAUAUACCAUGUGAUCGUGAAAAAGGAACAAAAAGUCAUCCAAUGAAAGACAUCUCUCAGGUUGUGAAGGAUCAGCUUGUGGAUGAUAUGGAGAAUGGCAAUGUUGAAAAUACUCUUGGCAGUGAAAAGGAAGGUCUUGCUAGAGUAGCAGCAACCCCCAAAACUCAUGCAUCACUUGAUGUCAGAGAAGCUGAAAAUGAAUGUGGUGUCUGUGAAGCAUUUACAGACAGUUCAGAUGAUUCACAUAUGGAUGGCAAGGAGACUGUUCUAUCCUCAGCUGGAUCCAGGAACCCUCCAAGAGAAUGUCAAAGUCAUCUUCAGCCUGAUCAUCACUCUGUUACUUCCUCUCCUGCAAAAAAGCCUUGCCUUGAAUGUUCCUCAGAAAUUAAUUCUGUAGGCAUACAAGAUACAGCUUUACAGCCAUCUUUACCUAGUGGUCAACAACACAGAAUAAAUGCUACUGAAAAUUUUCCUGAUUGCUGUGCAGCCUUGAAAUCCAGUGAAGCAAAAUGCAACUCAUCAGCCAAUGGUUUUGAUUUGUGCUGUAACUGUGAAUCUGCUGAUUUUGAUAAAAAAAACACGGAAGAUGGCUCAGUACACAAUUUUGUGAGGGAGAUAAUAGACAUGGCAUCAACAGCUUUGAAAAGUAAGUCACAACCUGAAUGUGAGUCAUCUGCUCCAGCUUCAUUAGCACAGAUCAAGGAAAAAGUGCUAGAACACUCUCACAGACCCAUCCAGCUAAGAAAAGGGGACUUUUAUUCUUAUCUUUCACUUUCUUCUCAUGAUAGUGACUGUGGAGAGGUAAUCAAAUACAUAGAGGAAAAGAGCAGCACUCCUGUGCCACUGGACUUCACAGAUGAGAGAGAAGAUAUUGAAUGCUUCUUUGAAGCCUGUCCUGAGGAAGAACGGGUUGAGCAGCAGCAGCAGUCUAUUUCUAAUGGUUCUUCUGAAGCACAAGUUGAGAAGCAGCAACCUAUUUCUAACCCUAUUUCUGAAACAUCUGCAGAGUCACUAGAUGAAGUGACUCCAGAGUCAUUAGAGGUCAAAACUUCUUCUGAAGGUAGGGAUUUAUCUUUUUUAUGUGGGGAUGACAAUGAUAUAAAUAUUCCAAAUACUAAAAAAAAAUGUGCGUCAAGUAAUUCAAAAGAUGCUGAUGAUGAUUUGCUGUUUUCAGAUGGACAAAAUGAAAGUUUGGCAAAGAAGUCCCCAGAGGUUAGCACUAAAAAGAGUAGUGCAGGAAAAUCACCUGGAACAGAAGAGAAAAAAGGAUGCGUUACUGCUUCUGAAGAGGCUUCAGCUACAGAUUUUCAGAUAAAGCCUGGCCAUUCUCAGAAAAAGGAUGGUUUACAUCAGAACAGAAAAACUCUUACUUGUGAAGAAAAUCUCCUGAAACUUCAUAAGGAAAGACAUAUAAAUAUGCACAGAUAGAAUGUAACCCUCUCCAGGCACAUAGAUUAUUCUAAAAACAGCUAUAUAAGCGUUUUUACAAAAAGCUUCAACGUUCCUCCUUUAAAACAUGGACAUCAGUUUGACAAGCUUAGCUACAAGCAGAGAGAAGCUACACUGACCAGAAGUCAUAUUCAUGCAAAACUGAAGUAACAGGUAUUUAAGGACAAUCUCAUGUUUUCCAAAGUGUUAACAGCUUCCUAUUACUGCAAGAGGGAAAUUGUCUCUCAAUUUACACAGUGUAGCCUUAAGCAAGCUAUGAGGUUUGUAGGGCAGCAGUAACAAUGCUUAUCUCUAAGUAUAAAUAAGAACAACUAUUUAUUAUCUGAACCUUUUGAAUCUGUAGAGAUUUCUGCACGUGCAUAUCUUUUAUCAGUUACAAGUCUAACAAGUUAACUGGUAAUUACCUAAAAUGUAUAACUAUAUAGCUAAAGACCACUUUAUUAUAUUUUAAAUAUUUUAAAGCUAUAUGUAUACAAAAAAGGUAAUUCAAAAUAUAACUCCUUAUUUUUAGCAAAAUUUUUGCAGUGACAAUUGUGUUUAUUUAUGAGCUUCCUCAACCAUGAUUUUUAAAUUAUCUUGACAAAGGAAUUGAGUUAAUAAUUAUUCUUCUUUUCACCCUAGUAUUUUCUAGCUUAUGCUAUAUUUUUUUUUUUAAACUUACUUUGACUAUAGGCACAUCUUGCACUGUGACAACAGGAAAACUAAUAAUUCAGAGGCUUUUCAGAUCUUUCAUCUCACCCAACAGAUUGUGCAUAACUCCAUCAAUUACUUGUACCAUUCUAUUAGACCAUUUGCCACAAAUUCACUUUUUUCCUGGGGGAAAACUGUAUUACUUGUCAAAUCAAUAAACCACAUAUUCAUCAUACAAUAUCUGGAAUAAUAUAUGGCCACAACUCAAAUUUCUGUGGUUCCUCUCUGAGAGAUUGGAACAUUUUAAUUUGACUAUAUAGAUCUCAGAUCUAUAUUAUUUGGUCUCAUGAGAUAAAGUUACCAUUUUUAGGGGUUUUUUUGGCUAGAAAAUUUACCCUUUUACAAUUUUUAUUCUCAAAAUUGACUUUGUUGUCAAUAAAAAAUUAUUUCAAAGUGAAACACUGAUAUUAUAUAUAUUGCACAGGACUGUUUCCUCUCUUAGUGUAAGUCAUGCUUAUGGCCAUAUUAUGCUGGACCUUCUUGGAAUUUCCUAAAGGAAAAUAUUGGUACGAUUUAAAACUAAUGUUUAUAUACCAAGAGUACCUUAAGAUCAGCCCAUGUAGAGAGUCCUGUAUAGACCUCACUCCUGCUUGUGAAAUUCUUUUGUGGCAGAGAGGAACACUGCAAGCUUUCUGCAGAAUUUAUUCUCUACUAAAGUUCCACAGGCUGCUUUUUAUUCCACACACUCCCUGGCUCAUGCUUGAGCAACAUCUGCAGUGUGUGAGGAGGCCAUUUGACAGCAAUGGCCCUGACACACGGUUCUCCUUUUCCUGCCUACUUCACAUUUCUCCCAGAGCUCUCCAGCUCUAAGCAAAGGGAAUGCAUGCUAACACUAGUGCUAAAAUACAUGCCUGGGACUACAGUUUAAAAUGUUUUUUCCAAUCGCAUUAGUUUUAAAUAUGGAUAGCCUUCUAAGCCAUGUCCCCAGUUUUUCCUACUUAAUGGUUUGCAUUUUUCCAGAGGUAAGUAAAAGUUUUUUAGUGAUACACUGCAACUGUACCACUGUACUGGUAAGAAAGUCAGGUGGUGUCUCCAUGUUCUUACAAUUGUUUGUACUGUUCGUUGUAUACAUGUGUAGACAUCAGCAUGAAAACACACGAAAAUAUUCUCAAAUUGUUCCCGUUUGGUUUGCAAUAAACUCAAAUAAAGAGUUGCUAUCAUUUAGGCAACAUCUUGACCUUCCUCCUUGGAAACGGGAAGCACAGAGGACAUAGCCUUCCACAGCACAUAUUUUAGCAUUUCAUUGCAAUUCCCCUGUGUUGAUGAAAACAACAUAUUUUGAAUAACAUGUAUCUGCUAAGAGGGCUGCUUUUGCCUUUUUUAUUUGGCCAGAAGAUACUGGGAACAAUGUUGUAAAUUUUUCUGUGCUAUUGUGCACAGAAGAGGGGUUAUUAAUGUUUAGGCCAGACCGUACUUGGCUCAAGAGGAUUAACAAGGAUGUCAAGUUCUUAGCCAAGUCAAUCUCCUCCACUGACAAGUUAUAACAAACUUAUUCCUAAUAAUAGCAUCACUUUGAGAGGCGUUUCGGCCAACAAAUGACAUCUGAUCUAUUGCCUUCAGUGCUGUGUGUCUGAUUUUUCAGAGUUGCCCUGUCUUUUAUGCCAUUUCUACCAACCUGAAAAGCUUACAUUUUUCAUAUGACCACUGUUUGCUCAGUAAAUACAUGUUUAUCUCUGAUAUUAGAAAUGUUUUAAGGACUAUGCCUUACUUAUGGCAUCACUUAAGUCUGUGUACUAGAGGAAUUCUAAGUGCUUCAGUGCUUUAAAAAUGGAUUUUUCUUUGCACUAGAAAGCAAUAUUACUUUAUUUCUGCUGAGUGGAGAAAUAAGCUAAGUUAAAACUGAAGUUAGCGUUGUAUAAAUCAGUAAUUUUAGAUUACAAAUACUACUGUGAUAACAUAGUUAUUGUCAAACUAGUUAUUAAAAUUUACAAGAAUUAUAGAAUUAUAUAAUGGUUUAAAUUAAAUUAAAUAUGGUAUGAAAAGAACAGUUAGGUAAGUAAAUAUUUUUACCUCUGCCUUAUGUUGAGCCCAUGUCUCUGUGGCAUUCUGGAAGUGGAGGGAAAAUAAUUUUUAAAACAUAUGAAAUAUUUUAAACAUUUUUCUUUCUUGCAAUUACUGUAAGGGUGUUUUGAAUGCAGCAAGGAUCUAGUUGUAGCAUUUUCCAAACAUUAUGAGAGUGACAGGGAAAGGCAUAUUUGAAAAGAUUUCAAGAAAUAGUGAAAAAGACAAACCAUUCUUAAUGCACUUAAUUUACAGAAUGAAAAAAAAUUCCGACUUUGGAAGAACUUCUAGUGAACAUCAACCAUAUAUUCCAAAUAUUUUCCUUUUUUCAUGGGGAGAUAAGUAGUACUGAAAAUAACAUGACCUUAGGCAAAGUGGUAUGUCAAUUUCUCAUACAGGCUAUGGUGCAUAUAUACCUGAAUUUCUGCUCUGUAUCUCUUGAAUAAAAAACCUGAACAUAGAAUUCACUUUGAAGGCCAUGGGUUUUGUUGUUUCUUCAUAAGGAUGUGGACCAAAUUUGGGCUGAGAAACAUCUGCCUCUAACAAGCUUUAAAAAGAAAUUUUAGCAAGCAGAUUUUAAAUAACACACAAUGGCAGACAAAAAAAUAUAAAAGGAAAAGAAAACAAAAAAAGCAGUCACUCUGUAAAUCCUAGUAGUCCCUGCCAGUAGUUUAAUCAAGAAUAUUCCAAGUUAAGUAGCAUUAUUAUACUUCUAUUAACUGAUCAUUAUUUAUCCUGACACAAUGAUGUUAGAGAAAUCUCUACAGUUUUUGCUUUACUUACCUCAAAGCAGGGCUUUUCAAAGUGCUGAAAAGGUUACAGAAAUGUCAGUGGUUGAAAUGGUUGCAUGAAUCAAAAAAACCCCGAUGCCAUAUUUCUGUUGGGUUGCUGUCUGUGCCACCUGAGCCGAUCAGUGCUGCUUUUGGCCAUAUUUUGUGGAGGCAAAGCCUUUAAAACGCUUCCCGUGCACAUAGAGCUAAUUUUCCACUAUUAAUAUGACUACUAAAGAAAGCUUUUCUGUAAGGAGUUUGCCUAAAAUGACAACGUAAAUGUUUCUCAUACCCUGCUGCUCAUUGUAUAUAUUCCUGCUUCUUAUCCCUUGAUCUUCCAAGCUGAACAUUUCUCCACUCCUACCUUCUCAUAUUGCACAGCUCAGGAAGGAAGUUAAGGGUUUGCAACUUACCUUUGUAAUAGAGAAUUUAAAGGUAAUGCUUUAAAAGGUGGGCAAGUGGCACCAGAUCCAUAGUGGCUUGGAGUAAAGACAAAGUGGCUGGCAAGAGGAAUUCUAAGUGCUUUGGUGCUUUAAAAAUAGAUUUUGCUUUGCAAUAGCAAGCAGCAUUAUUUUCUUUCUGGAGAGUGUGGGGAUUAGCUAAGUUAAAACAUAAACUUAGAAUUGUACAACUCAGUAGUUUUAGAGUACAAAUAUUCCUGGAGAUGCAUGAUACUGAAGCUGUGCCAAGUAGACUGGAGGGAGGAUUCAGAUCAGCAAUUGUCAUUCUGGUUGAUAAAAGAAAAAGAAGAGAGAAGCAGAGGAGGAGGUGGAGCUUCAAGGAUGGCUGAUGGGAACUAGCUUUGGUUAAAGUAUUUGUAGAAUAAUAGGAGCAUACACUGUUUUGAAAGAGAUUUAUCUCUAUUGCUAGACUUGUUAUUGAAAGUGUAAAGUGAUACUAUUCAUGAAUACUCAUUUUUCUGAAUCUGCUGUUCAGUUAUGCCAAGCAUAUCAAUCAGGUGUACCAUUGUCAGUUAAUUAACAUUUGAUUGCAUUAAACAGAGGGUGUUGAAGAGGAAGUUUCUUUUCAGAGGGGGAGCGGUAUUUGUGUGAUUUCUUUGGAGGGGGAGGGAUGUGUUCUUAGUAAUUAUUGUCAGCUGUGAGAGAAGUCAAAUUGUAACUUGUUAGUACAUAUUUUUGUGCUACUCACCACUCUUUAUGGCCACAGUAAGAUUGUAAGACAAAGGCAGCAAGUGUACCAGCAGCUUAAUUCUCAGCCAUACCAUAUACUGCAUCUAGAAAUGUAAAUGGUGCCUGUGUAGAAGUAAAAUAUAUGAGAAAGGAAAGGAAAGGAAAGGAAA